CUCGAAGUCACCGCCGUGGCAUUCACCUCGAGUAGCCUUUGCCUCUACAGUGGCAGCCGCGAUGGAACCAUCCAGAAGUGGGACGUCAAGGAAUCAGUCACCGUCAAACCCCUUACUCGGCGUUUGGGCACAACAAAGACACAGUCUCUCAUCACAGUCAUGUCAUUGGUUCCAGAGACGAUGUAUAUGAUGACAAGCUUUGUUGACGGGACCAUCCAGAUGUUCGAUCAUUGGGAAAAUGAGGUGCUCAUGAGCAUUCAAGUGCAUCCGAAGCGCGUCAGCUCGUUUGCUAUAUACGAGUCUGAAUGGGCUCCAACUUCUGGGGGGUUCGACAUUGAAUUCGUAAGUGGCUCCAGCGAUGGAAGCAUCCGUAUGUGGUCAUACAAAGACAAGAGUCUGGGCUAUUCGCGAAGGACGCGACGGGCCCCAUACUCGUUGCUUGAGUGAUAAAUUGAAAUAGACGUGAACAGAAGAAUUUAACUUGCCUUAGGCAGGUACCCACCUAUGGUGAUGGGGUACUAAGGGUACUUGCAAUGGUAGUCUUUGCAUUACGCUGUAAUUACCCCCCAUACGUGGUAUGGGUGCUUAUAGUUCCCACCAGGUUUCGA